AUGCCACUUAGAAGCCCUACCAUUGCGGUUUUGGUGUGGGCGGAGACGUGGAUGGGCCUUCGGUCUGAAGCUCAGGAGCUCCAACAGUCUCUGACCGCACUGACCGCACUUGGCCGGCGCCGUCGGAUACGUCAUGUGUUAGGCUCUCCUUCCUCGGACGAGAAACUGCUGCACGCAAUUGGCCAAUGGGUUCCAGCAUGGAAGGCGCACAGAAAAGUGCCGAGCGCGACUGGCUCUAGCUCACGUCGCCGAGGGAGACUAGCUGUCAACGUUGAACACCACCACCACCGCCACGCUGAGAGUCCUGGGUUCAUGCUCGUGAAUAGCGUCAGACGAGCCAUUUUAAAACAAGUUCGUCUCAGAAACGGGCCACGUGUGGCUCAUGGCGGCUGGCCCAUCAAAUUUAGAGAACAACACUUUGAGCAACUACACGUAGGAGAGUGCCAAACCUUUGAGGACGAACUGGGCGAUUACCCUGACAAUGCUUGA